AGAAGAAGCAGCAGCAGCAGCAGCAGGAGCAGGCUGUCACCGCUGGGACAAAAACAGUUCACCGCCAGCCUCCCGAACAGCGUGAAACAUACUUUGCUGACUGAAAGCAAGCUUUCAAUUCAAUAUAAUUAAAGAAUUUAAAAAAAACAUUAAGUCUUUACAGCUAAAACAGAUGCGCAUCGUCUCAGCUCGUCUUUCUCUUCUAUUGGCGUGAGUUAGCUUAGCCUGUUAGCUUAGCAGUUAGCAAGAAACCCACUCGCCCGUGCGUGCAGGAUUUAACACCAUCAGGAGCGGACAUAUCCACCCGGAGCUGCACCGAAACACACCCGGACUUUACUUUACAACCGAAGCUGCUCGCGUUGGGUCCAAACGCGGCUUUUUAACGUACUUUUUUUUUUUUUUACAAAACAGCAACAACAACAAUCCUGCAAAACAAGGAAGUGUGAAUGAACUUUGCUGCAAAGCUAGCACAAAGCUAGCCCUGCAGCUGCAUCGCUUUAUUGUGCUGCUUGCUUCUGCAGCUGAAACCGGGUCCUUGCAGCCUCCUCUCCAGUCCUACAGUGCUGAUAUCGAUUAUUUGUUGAAAGCAAGUCGAUACAACCAUCGCUAUCUAACGAAGCCAGUCGGUCAGCUUGUUCUGCUGCAACGUCUUUCAGUUCAGAUUCAUAACUUGGCAAAGAGUCCAACAAACGUUUCAGAGAUGAUUCCCGACAAAGUGCCGAAAGAAGACGUCUUCCACGGGUCUGAGGACUUGAAGAAGAAGGCUCACAUCCCCAGCUUCGACAAAUAUAAAGAGCUGUACUUGAAAUCCAUAGAGCAUCCUGAUGAGUUCUGGGGCGACAUUGCCAAAGAUUUUUUUUGGAAGACCAAACACACGGGUCAGUUCCUCGACUACAACUUCGAUGUGACCAAAGGUGAAAUAUUCAUUAAGUUUAUGGAAGGAGCUUCCACUAACAUCUGCUACAACGUCCUCGACCGCAACGUCCACGAGAGGAAGCUUGGCGACAACGUGGCCUUCUACUGGGAAGGCAAUGAGCCCGGUGAUGUGCUGACGGUGACCUACAGAGAGCUGCUGCAGAGGGUCUGUCAGUUUGCCAACGUCCUGAAGUCUCAGGGAGUGAAGAAGGGCGACAGAGUGUCCAUCUACAUGCCGAUGGUGGUGGAGCUGGUUGUAGCUAUGUUGGCCUGUGCGCGCAUCGGAGCUGUUCACUCCAUCGUGUUUGCAGGUUUCUCUGCAGAGUCUCUGUGUGAGAGGAUCAUUGACUCACAGUGUUCGCUGCUCAUCACUGCAGAUGGUUUCUAUCGAGGAGAUAAGCUGAUCAACCUGAAGUUCUUAGCUGACGAAGCGCUGCAGAAAUGCAGAGACAAAGGUUUCUCUAUACAGAGGUGUAUAAUGCUGAAACAUCUGUCCAAAGAAGCAGAAGAGACUCCUCUGGGCUCUCAGUCUCCUCCCGCCAAACGGUCCUGCCCUGAUCUGCAGCAGGAGAAACAGACAGGGAGAGUAAAGAAAACACAUCCUGUACCGCAGGUCCCGUGGAACCCCGAGGUGGACUUGUGUUGGCACACUCUGGUCCGUGGAGCUUCAGACGAGUGUGAACCAGAGUGGUGCGAUUCUGAAGAUCCUCUCUUCAUCCUCUACACUAGCGGCUCAACCGGUAAACCAAAGGGAGUUCUUCACACAGUCAGCGGCUACAUGCUCUACACUGCCAUCACCUUCAAACUGGUGUUUGACUACCAGCCCGAUGACGUGUACUGGUGCACGGCAGACAUCGGUUGGAUCACCGGACACUCCUACAUCACCUACGGCCCGCUGGCUAACGGGGCCACCAGCGUCCUGUUUGAGGGCCUGCCUACGUACCCAGAUGUAAGCCGUAUGUGGGAGAUUGUGGACAAAUAUCAUGUGACCAAGUUCUACACAGCUCCGACCGCCAUCAGACUGCUGAUGAAGUACGGCAGAGAGCCGGUGCAGAAGUAUAAGCGAGAGUCUCUGAAGAUUUUGGGGACGGUGGGAGAGCCCAUCAACCCUGAGGCCUGGCAUUGGUACUACACGGUGGUGGGAGAGAAGAGAUGUCCUAUUGUUGACACCUUCUGGCAGACGGAAACUGGUGGACAUGUGUUGACUCCUCUACCUGCAGCAACACCCAUGAAACCUGGAUCUGCUACGUUCCCGUUCUUCGGAGUGGUGCCGGCCAUCUUGAAUGAGUCGGGAGAGGAGCUGGAGGGACCGAGUAACGGAUACCUGGUAUUCAAGCAGCCGUGGCCCGGAGUGAUGAGGACGGUGUACGGAAACCAGCAGAGGUUUGAAACCACCUACUUCAAGAAGUUCCCAGGAUACUACGUCACAGGGGACGGUUGCCAUAGAGACAAGGAUGGCUACUACUGGAUAACGGGGAGGAUCGACGACAUGCUGAAUGUCUCUGGUCACUUGUUGAGUACAGCGGAGGUGGAGUCGGCUCUGGUGGAGCACGAGGCCGUUGCAGAGGCUGCUGUUGUGGGCCGACCUCAUCCCAUCAAAGGGGAGAGCCUCUACUGCUUCGUAACUCUCACAGAUGGAGUGACGUACAACCGAACGAUCGAGGCUGAGCUCAAAAAACAAGUGCGGGAGAAGAUCGGUGCCAUCGCAACACCAGACUACAUCCAGAAUGCUCCAGGACUCCCCAAGACCAGAUCUGGUAAGAUCAUGCGACGGGUGCUCCGCAAAAUCGCCUGUGACGAACGAGACCUGGGCGACAUCUCCACGCUGGCCGACUCCUCCGUGGUCGAGCAGCUCUUCCAGAACAGAUGCCGCACGGGCAUGUGACGGCCUCCAGGAUCCUCGCAGGGAGGCUUCCGCUGCAGCCGCAUAACCAGCGGCCACAAACGAAACCAUGGGAGAAGAGGAGGAGAAAUCCCAUGAACUUGGUCUUGUCCAACAAACAACCUUUAGCUCCUGAUGAGUAUGGCCGUUGUGCAGCAGAGCCUGUAUUUAAAAUGGCCCCACUGUCUUUUAAUGUAAGAAAAAUCAGCAGCAGGGAGACACACACAACAUCUGUCUGGUUACUGGUAGGUGCUUCCCACUUCUGUAGAAGCAGCAAUCAUUUUAGCAGCAGCAAACAGAGUGAGGCAUUGGUGUGACAGCGAGAAGCCAGAGGUUGUUUUCUGUGAAAGACCGUCCUGAAGUCCAACUCUGUUGAAGAGGAAGAACAGGGUAACACUUCCUUUGGUUUUAUCCUAGUGUUUCAGCCAAAAAUACACAGCAAUACCUGCUACUUACCAGCUCAGUAAACGUGUAGAUCCCGUGUUUGUACUGAUGCACUACAGUGAGUUGUGUCAUUGCGAUAGUUCAGUCGACAUUAGUGUCUCCACACUGGAAUGAGGCUAAUGUGAAGUGCUACCUGUAACUUCCCAGAAUAAUUCAACAAGCUGUCUUCUCCCCUAACUUGCUGCCGCAGUACUGUUAUGUACACUGAUGAUUACGC